CCCAAAUAAAACCUUAUCGAUCGCUUUCCGAGAUUAACGGGGAAAUUCAACAAAGAUCAGCUGCAAGUAAUGCGGCCCAGAAAGCGGGCCCACGGCCCAUAUCUCCCCCACUAUAUAAACUCUCUUCACCCUUCAUGCAAAUAUCGCUCACUUUAUCACACCUUCUUCACAUCCGUGCGAUACCGUUCUUUGAACUCACUGCUUUCGUUACGUCUCGUCCUGAUUUUUAGCCGUUAGGUUUCCGUCAUCCUCCAGACUUCAUCUUUCCGAUUCAUUCUUCACUUCUACAGAUCUAUAUGUUAGGAUAUUUAUUCAACUCGUAGAUUUGCGUUUUGUUUUUGUCUGCCGGUGGAAUCUUUAAUUUCUUACCGGAGAAUACACUUCUUCUGACCGGCCGGCGUGGGGAUUUCCGGGUCGAGUAGUUGCCAGUGUGGGUCGUGUUAUCUUUUGAUCCAGGUCUUUUUUUGCUCCUUUUGAGGGGGUAGCCGGGGCUCCGGCCUCGGCGGGUUCUAAAGCCCCCACCUUUACAAAAUCGGAGAAAAUUUAUGUUGUUUUCCGUCGAUUUGUAAAAAUAGCGACCCUUUUUUGCCUCUGAUUCUUUGAUUCUUUCUUGUUCUUCUCAUUUUCCGACUUACAAAGGGAAAAUUACAGCAAUAUAUAAUAUAAAAAGAUGCCUGCCAUUGCAUGUUGCGUGGACGCUACCGUCGCUCCUCCUCCCAGCUAUGCUUUUGCUUGGGAUAGAUCUCUUCCUCCAUCGGAGACCCUCGCCUCGUCCGCUGACGCUGCCCUGCCAAUAAACGCCGCCGCCGUGGCGGCAGCGUCCGUCGAUCUCUCUCAUUGGUCUCCGGCCUUGUCAUCUGCCCUGUACAGGAUUGACAAGUGGGGCGAACCGUAUUUCACCGUCAAUUCUUCCGGCGAUAUAUCCGUCAAGCCACACGGCACAACCACCCUCUCACACCAGGAGAUCGACCUUCUGAAGGUUGUGAAGAAAGCUUCCGACCCGAAACAUUUGGGUGGGCUGGGUUUGCAGAUGCCCCUUGUUGUCCGGUUCCCGGAUGUGUUGAAGAACCGGCUCGACUCUCUCCAAUCAGCUUUUAACUUUGCCGUGGAUUCUCAGGGAUACGAGUCACAUUACCAAGGCGUUUAUCCGGUGAAAUGCAACCAGGACAGGUAUGUGGUGGAAGACAUUGUGGAAUUCGGGUCGGGUUUCCGGUUCGGGCUUGAAGCAGGGUCCAAACCGGAGCUCUUGCUGGCUAUGAGUUGCCUGUGCAAGGGCAGCCCGGAUGCUCUGUUGAUAUGCAAUGGAUUCAAGGAUGCAGAGUACAUUUCCCUGGCCCUGGCCGCAAGAAAGCUCCUUCUGAACACAGUGAUUGUUCUGGAACAAGAAGAGGAGCUUGAUCUUGUAACUGAGAUCAGCCGUAAGAUGGGGAUCCGACCCGUUAUUGGAAUCCGGGCGAAGCUGAGAACCAAGCACUCUGGCCAUUUCGGGUCCACCUCCGGGGAGAAGGGUAAAUUCGGGCUGACCACUACCCAGAUUCUGCGGGUGGUGAAGCAGCUAGGAGAAACAGAUAUGCUGGACUGCCUCCAGUUGCUGCAUUUUCAUAUCGGAUCGCAGAUUCCGUCAACAGCCUUGCUAGCAGACGGAGUAGGUGAAGCAGCCCAGAUUUACUGUGAACUGACCCGCCUGGGCGCCAACAUGAAAGUCAUUGAUAUCGGCGGUGGUCUCGGAAUUGACUACGAUGGUUCGAAAUCCACAGAUUCCGAUUUGUCCGUCGGCUAUACACUUCAAGAAUAUGCCUCGGCUGUCGUUCAAGCAGUGGGAUAUGUCUGUGACCGGAAGAAUGUAGCCCACCCUGUUCUUUGCAGUGAGAGUGGCAGAGCAAUUGUUUCUCAUCACUCUGUUCUGAUAUUCGAAGCUGUUUCUUGCGCCAAUAACAAAAACUCUCUCCACCACCAGCAAAACCGUCUCCCUAACAACGUUGACCUUCAAUUCUUCGUGGAAAAGCUAAACGAGGACGCCAUGGCGGAUUACCAGAACUUAUCCUCAGCCGCAAUGCGUGGCGAGUAUGAGACGUGUCUUGUCUAUGCUGAGCAGCUUAAACAGAGAUGUGUUGACCAGUUCAAAGAAGGGUCUUUGACCAUUGAACAGCUGGCUGCCGUGGAUGGUAUAUGUGACCUCGUUACUAAGGCCAUUGGAGCUUAUGAUCCGGUCUGCACUUAUCAUGUCAAUCUCUCCGUCUUCACUUCGAUUCCAGAUUUUUGGGCGUUUGGUCAGCUAUUCCCGAUCGUCCCGAUCCACCGUCUGGAUGAACGCCCUUCGGCCCGAGGUAUACUGUCAGACUUGACAUGUGAUAGUGAUGGAAAGAUUGAUAAGUUUGUUGGGGGUGAGUCAAGCUUACCCCUUCAUGAACUCGGCAAUGGAGGCGGAGGAAGGUACUUUCUGGGGAUGUUCUUAGGCGGAGCGUAUGAGGAGGCACUCGGAGGAUACCACAACCUGUUUGGUGGGCCCAGUGUUGUCCGCGUGUCGCAGAGCGAUGGACCUCAUGGCUUUGCUGUGACGAGGGCGGCUCCUGGCCCAUCUUGUGCAGAUGUGCUUCGGGUGAUGCGUCAUGAGCCUGAGAUCAUGUUCCAGACGCUCAAGCACCGUGCUGAGGAGUUUCAGCCACCCGGCGAGGAUGAUAAUGGGGUGGCAUUUGCGGGCAGCCUUGCGGCCUCUUUCCACAACAUGCCUUAUCUUGUUCUGGAUGCUUCUGCUGGCAUUUGUGAUCCGGUCUCGACCUGUGGCGGAGAGUAUGAGGAAUGGUCGUAUUGAGUUGCUUGAAUGGUUUUACUUUCUGAUGCGAUUUCACUGAUUUACCAUAAUAUGUUGCUGUAUUAUUAUUUGUAUUUCCCUGUUGUAGUUGAUGGUGAAUGAAACAAAAUGCAUGCCUGGAGGCAGGAAGUUGAGUACUCUCCUGCUUUCUUGAGCUGCGUCUGUUAGAAUGUGGGCUCUCAUAGCUGAAUCUUUCUUAUGUAAACAAAGUUCAGUUGUAAUCUCCAUUCUCCUAUGUUAUCCUUGGAUUAAUAAAGUUCCAGUUUUUAUUUUCUGGCGAUCUUUACUCAUUUUGUC